AUGUCGGAGCUGAGUGAUGAAGCCAGUGAGUCGGAGCUGCUGAGCCGCAGUCUUUCCAUGUGGCACGGGGUUGGCCAGAUGAUCUGUUGGGAAGAGCUGGAUGUCCCUCUGGACUUGCACACAGCCUCCUCUGUCGGCCAGUGUGAAGUGGUGCAGGAGUGUAUUCAGCGUGGAGAUCUGGACCUAAAUAAGAGGAAUUGUGGUGGUUGGACUCCACUGAUGUAUGCCUCCUAUAUUGGCCAUGACAACAUUGUGCACCUGCUGCUGGAAGCAGGAGUGAAUGUGAACAUCCCAACACCAGAAGGGCAGACACCGCUUAUGCUUGCCUCCAGCUGUGGAAAUGAAAGUGUUGCUUACUUUCUCCUACAGCAAGGUGCAGAGCUGGAGAUGAAGGAUAUCCAUGGCUGGACUGCUUUAUUUCACUGCACCAGUGCUGGACAUCAGCAGAUGGUCAAGUUCUUACUGGACAAUGGGGCAAACGCCAACUGCAAGGAGCCAGUGUACGGAUAUACACCUCUGAUGGAAGCAGCUGCUUCUGGCCAUGAGAUAAUUGUUCAGUACCUUCUAAAUCAUGGAGUGAAGACAGAUGUCAGAGAUAACACUGGAGCCACAGCACGGACACUGGCCAUGAAGUAUGGACAUACAAAGAUUGUGGGGCUGAUAGAUUUGCAUGCAGCCCCAGUGCCCAAGGUCUUCUGCAGGGGUCCAGGAAAAUAUGAAGAGCUGAGUUCCUCGGAUGAAUCUUGCUCUGCUCCACAGAGACAGAGACCUGUUCGUCGGACCAAAGGUCCCAGCAUCCAUGAUGGGCCCCAGGCUUUGGCUAAGAUAACAGCAGUAGGAAUUGGGGGAAAGAAGCAGUCUCGCUAUGAGCAGGUCCCUCCUCAGGGCUAUGUCACCUUCAACGAUGACGGCAGCUGUGAAGCAGAGAAUAUCCGCAACAGGGAUGUUACCUCUCCAAUUAAUGAGCAAGAUGUGGAAAGCAGCAGCAGCAGGGAGGAUACUGUUUUCCUCACCAACAACUUGGCAACCAUCAGGAGCAGCAGCAGCAGCAGUGAAUGCCUAACCAAAGCCCUGGGAGUCAGCAGUGAAGGUUCCUUGGAAAGUAAUGAGGACUCUGACCAUGCGAACAGUCCCCCUAGUCGGAAACAAGCCAAGAGCUUUAAGAUCAAGAACCGCUACAGCAACAGUGAUGGCCAGUGGACCCACUGCCCAGGGAAAGUUGGGGCCUCUAGUCAGCACCUACUCCUGCCUGAGCCCCCUGCCUAUACAGGGCCCCAGGACCUGGCAACAUUCCUUGAACAGAUCGGGUGCCUGAAGUAUCUGCAAGUGUUUGAGGAGCAAGAUGUUGACCUCCGGAUCUUCCUGACCCUCACAGAGAGUGACCUGAAGGAAAUAGGCAUCACUCUGUUUGGCCCAAAGAGGAAGAUGACUUCUGCCAUUGCGCGGUGGCACAGCAAUGCUCGUCCGCCCAGUGAUGCCCUGGAGCUGGCCUAUGCGGACCGGCUGGAGGCAGAGAUGCAGGAACUGGCCAUUCAGCUGCACAAGAGGUGUGAAGAGGUGGAGGUGAUGAAGGGCCAGGUGUGCCAGGAGCAGAAGCUGCGUGCAGUAGCUGAGAGCUGUUUGAUGGAGCGGGAUGAGACCUGGAAUGCCAUCCAGUGCCAACUCAGAGAGGCUCAGGCCAUCACCAAGGAUGCUGGAGUCCUGCUGGAUCAGAUCAAAUGCUGUCAAGCAGAGCUGUCCUCCCGGCUAACCCAGGAGCAGGCAGUGGGCAAAGUGCUGGAUACAGAGGUGCAGCUGGGGACCAGUGAGAGCAGGAGGCCUGGUGAGCGCCCGGUGCUGGAAGGAUGGCCACCUUCCCUGAAGUCUCUGAGCUUGCCUGAGCUGUCAGCUGUCCUAGAGGAGUGUGUGGGAGAAAUGGGAAAAGCUCUGCAGACUGUGACUCAAAACCUCCAAAGGCUCCAAGCCCCAGGGCAGAGUGGGCAGAGCUGGCUCAAUCCAUAA